CCCAAACAGACUUUCAAAUUUUUAGCUCCAUUACUUUCUAUAUUUUUUUUGUUAAAGAUUAGGUUAAAUUAAUACUUUGGUUGAUCAUGAGUGGAGGAUUGGUUUCAGAUUUUAUGUCUAUUUUUAUUUUGAAAAAAUAUGUUCAGGUCUUCUCCUUCAAAACCCAUGAUUUAUCCUACUUUUUUUCACUUUUUUUUCAGUGAAAAUGGUGAGGCAAAGAAUUCAGAUCAGGAAGAUCGACAACUUGACUGCUAGGCAGGUGACUUUUUCGAAGAGACGAAAAGGGGUUUUCAAGAAGGCUCAAGAGCUUUCAACUCUUUGUGAUGCGGAUAUAGCUCUUAUUGUCUUCUCUGCAACUGGAAAGCUCUUCGAGUAUGCCAGCUCAAGAGUACUAGCUAGAGCCUUCUUCAUGGCGGUAGAUACAACCAUAACAGGGACUCCCUUGCUUUACAGUUACAGAGGUUGUGUUACUUGUUCAAUGUCUAAUUAG